AUGAGCGGGCAGCCAGACCCUACUUUGCCGGCAUUCAGCUUACGUCCGUUUUUGUUCUCCUGUUCGACGUCAGACAGCUUCUCUCACGAUGGCCGACCGCGACUAUGAGUUGAGCGUGUCCAAGCUCGACAUCACAGAGCCUAACGUGCGGGAAAGGCAGGAUACGACGCCUGAAAAUGCCUCUAUCUUAGAGAAACAGACAAGGACGCGAAGACUGUUCUCUUCGGCCCAGCUCUUUUGCUUCUCCCUGAUAUACCUUGUAACAUGGAUGGGGAUGGGAAAUAACAUGUACUAUGCCAUGCUCAACGGAGGGCCGGCGGCAUAUGUAUUCAACUACAUCAUCUGUAUCCUGGGUGCUCUCUCACAGGCUGCUUGCUUCGCCGAACUCUCGUCCAUCAUACCGAUCGCCGGAGCCCAGUACUACUGGACCUUCCAUUUCGCCCCGCCGAGGACGAAGAGGUUCUUGACUUGGAUCCAAGGAUGGUCUACCUGGCUCGGAUAUAUCUCGAUUCUGGCCUCGUCCGUCAACGUCGGCGCGGUUACCGUCGAGGCGACAGUGCAGCUUAACAGCCCAGAUUAUGUAAAUGGAGGAUGGCACACGACGCUCCUGGUCCUCGCGCUAUUGACCUUUUACCUGGUCGUCAACCUCUGGUUCUUCCGCAUCGUUCCAUGGUUUGAGCUGGCAUGUGGCCUUGCGAACAUCAUAUUCUUCUUGAUCACCAUCAUCGCCCUCUGGGUGCUGUCCCCGCGCAACCCUUCCGACUUUUUGCUCACAAAAUCCAGUCUCGGCGGUUGGGAUAAUGACUUCCUGUCAUGGAACAUCGGGCUGCUGACUCAAGUCUGGCAAUUUGUCGGCCUCGAGAGUGUUAUCCACAUGGGCGAGGAAACCAAGAACGCCAGGCGCUCUGCCCCCAUCUCUAUGUUUUGGUCCAUGGUUGUCAGUGGCGUGAUGGGAUUCAUUGCAGUUAUCACUUAUACGAUCUGUAUGCCAAACAUUGACGACAUGAUGGCGUCUUCGAAUCCAUUUCUAUAUCUGUUGCUGGCAUCGACCGGGUCACGGGCGCUGACCACGUUUCUGGGUGCUGGGCUCAUACUGCUCAACAUGGGUUGCAACAUGUCGGUAUUUUCUUCCGCCUCGCGGCUGACAUGGGCCUGGGCAAGGGACGGAGGCUUGCCAAUGUACUUCAGCUUGGUCGAUGGCAAAUACCGCGUGCCAAUACGAUCCGUCUUGCUCACCUGGAUUCUCUGCGCCCUCCUGGCCCUGCUCAACAUUGGUAGCGGCACCUACAUCGCUCUUGGAGCCAUCACUUCACUCUCGUCGCUCGCCUCCUACUUCAGCUACACCAUCAUCCUGUGUGUCACUUUGCACACUCGGCUUACCACCGGACUGCAGACAAGUGAGUGGAGUAUGGGCCGUCUCGGCUUGUACGUCAACGCGUUUGCCCUCAUCUACACGGUCUACGCCAUGAUCUGGCUUCCGUUCCCCACGAGUCUUCCGGUUGAUGCAUCGAACAUGAACUAUUGCGGGCCCGUAUUCGGUGCUGUUAUGAUUGGGGCACUUGGCGCAUGGUUUGUAUGGGGGAGCAGGCACUGGCCCGGACCCAACAAGGAUAUCGUGGAGAUUGUUCUCCGCCUGGCUUCUUCGGCAUAGGCUGCAAGAUAGUACCUAAGUAUCCAAUGCAUUGACCACGAGCAACUGUGCCACUUUCCUUGAACAGUUACACGUUGUGGUCACGGAACUGUUCAACAUCGACGUCCAGUCAGUCCAGCGGUCCCGAACAUGAUUCUCGCCAGUUAUGAGAACGGCGUUGGCCACGCCAGAUAUGUCAUUCUCAAAGCUCAAUCUCG